CAACAACAGUUUACAUUGAUUUUUAUUAAUUUAUUGAAAAAAAGGAAUUCAAGUUAUAAAUAAUAUAACAAUCAUCAUCAAAAUAUAAUAGAAUUAUAAUAGUAAUAAUUUAAUACACUUGUAAAUACAAUAGUUCGUCAAGAAGAAAAUGGACGAUCAUACAAAUAAUCAAGAAGAACAACAACAACAAUCGGAAGAAGCAACAUUUGUAAAUAUGGAAGAAGGAGAUACAAUUCAAUUAGCAGCAAAGGAUGUUGAUGAGGAAGGAACUAUAGAAAAGUACAGAGUAAAACGAGUCUUGAUUGGAGAGAGAAGAACUCCGAUCGUUCUGCAGAAUUUAAAUGGUCCUUGUCCUCUGAUUGCUGUAUUUAAUAUAAUUUCAUUGAGAGGAGGUGAUGUGAGUGCUAUUGACAAUUUCAUUGUGAAUGGAUUUAUUACAAAUGAAAGUCUUGUGCAGAUUCUUGCCCAAUCCAUGUUGGAUACAUACAAUCUUAAAUAUAGUAAAUCAGAUACUGAUGGAGAGAAGGGAAAGAUGUUACAAGCAGCUCUAGACUCAGUUCCAAAACUCAAACAUGGUCUCGAUGUCAAUGUACAAUUUACUGAAGGAGUUCAUGGAUUUACAACUUGUGACUUGUCUGUGUUCAACUUUUUCAAUAUCAAAUUAAUGCACGGAUGGCUUGUAGAUUCGGAAUCUGAGCUUGAAACAUUUAAAGCGCUCAAAAGUCUCUCCUACGAUCAAGCAGUCGAAAAGAUUGUUUUAAUGAAUGAACUUAUCAAUGCAGAAGAGCAAAUGAAAAAGAGUGGAAAAGUUAUUGAGCAAAUUCUAUCUGCUCACGUUGAUUUGACAGAAUUGAAAACUCCAGAAGAAAUGGUCACCAGAUUACCAGUCGAUCAAAAGAAUGAUAUUAUUUCACAAGGAUCACUCAUUCAAACUUUCCUUACCAACUCACCAUCACAAUUGACACAAUAUGGUUUGGCAUCCCUUCACAAUAGUUUGGCUGAUAGAAAGAUUGCCAUCUUUUUCAGAAAUAAUCACUUUUCAGUAAUUUGUAAAAUACAGGAAGCAAUCCUCACACUCUGUACAAAUGAGACUCUCCUAAAUGAAACGAACAUUGUCUGGGAAAAUUUGACAAUUCAUGGAGAAGAUCAACAAUAUUAUUUGGGAGAUUUUACACCAUUCCGAAUGCUGGAAACUCACUCUCAAAACUAUGAAUAUUAUCAACAGGAAAAAGCACCAGUUGUGGAUAGUAAGCAACACGAUGAAGAUUUACAACUAGCUCUUCAACUUCAAAGAGAAGAGGAGAUGGCCUAUCAGCAAGAAAUGAUGCAUGAACAACAGCAACAAACAAGACAACCUCAGGCACAUCCUCACCCUCAACAACAGCAACAAUUUAAUCCACAAUUUCAACAACCUCAGCAACAAGCUAAUAAUCCUCAAACAUCUCCUAGGGUAGUUCAAACUCCUCUCGAACAGGAUCCAAGCAUUCCAUAUGCAAAUGUGCCAACAAUUAGAGAAAAGAAACCUGGUUCUAAUACAACGAAAAAGCAUGGAGCGAACGCCUACGCGAAUCAAGCAUCACAAUUGAGAGAGCUCAAUAAGCAGAGACAGGAACGAGAAUUAGCUUCACCACAAGUUUCUCAGUCGUCUAAAAAAACCAAGAAGGAAAGUGAUUGUAUCAUUUGUUAAUAAUAAAAUGCAUUUGCCAAGAC